GCUCGGUCGCGCGUCUUUUCUAUGUUGCACAUUUCUAGCGGAUUUGUGUGCCCCAUUCAUUGUGUGUCACAACAUUCACCAUCGAUUUCACCGCCGCAGCCGCGCCACCGCGUUUGCAGUGCGAUCUCGUCGGGCCGUGCCCAUUAGAACACACUUGGUGUGCUGGAUAGAUACUAUAAUUACCAUUUUCAAAGUCUACAAGUGAACAAAACAAUAGAAUCGUGAGAGGAAUAGCGAAAACAUGCCAGCCGCCGCAAGGUCUCCGCCAUCCGGUGACAUUCCGGGGGCAUAGAGUACCCAACGGAACUUGAUGGUGACCGCGAAAGUAAGCUUUCGGCGUCACUGUUGCUUUUUUGCUGCCUGCUGUGUGUGCCCUCGACUGUGGUGCAAAAUCAGUAAAUAUAUGAAAUCCACAAAACGAAUCGACCCCGUAACGAAGGUGUGCGCGAGGUGUUUUCUGGUGUGGUUCGCGAUCAUUAUCAUAGCACAUAGCCAUUGAAGUUCCGGGUGGUGUGUGCGUGUGUAUAGUUGUUUGUGUGCGUAUGUGUUUGAAAGUUUGUGUGCCCACACACACGUGAAUAGUGUACCGGUGUUUGUGUUUUGUUAUUGUUGCAGAGCGCUACUGUCGAGUCUGCUCCAUUCAUGAAAAGUAUGCCAAAGUGAUGCUGGGCUGAUGCUACCGGUAUCCAAGAGUAGCUCGCGAGAAGAAAUGAAGCUCUGACAGAAGCAGCCGAAGUGAUGAUUUGUUUCAUUUGUGAUGUUUGAGGGAAACUGGGACUGGAUUUAGUGUUCCGGCCAUUGGAGAAGCAUUCACGCUGAGCAGUUAUAUUGCGGGAGAAAAUUGAUGUGAUGUUGUCGCAUAGAAAUUCGCAGUACGAUAUCAAUCAGAGGCAGAGAUUUUUGAGUGAAAUCAACUCAACAACGGUGUGUUCUAGAAAGAACUUCCAGUGCUACCACCAGUGAGACGAAUCCCGCAAAUAAAAAAUAACCAGUUUGUCCAGUUUUGGUGUACUUAAAAAUUUUAUACAACUCAAUGUUUGAUUCUCUAGAAGAUCCUUACAUAUAUAUAUAUAUAUAUAUGACAGGUUACCAUUUAAUGUUGUGCAAGAAGAAAAUAAAUUUCAACCUUUAUUAGCUUGUAAAAUCUGCAUCUUACCUCUAAAAGUGUAAUCGAUGGCAAAUAAAGUCUAUGCAAUAAGUGUCUGUGUGCAUGUACAAACCAAGCAAACAAGCUAAUAUGGUAAAAAAAUCCAGUGAAUCUCCCGCAAAAAUCAAAUGUUUCAAGUGUGUGACAACAGUGCAUUUCUACACCCCAUUCAGUAAGAAGCUAAACAAAUAUAUAUAAUAGGUAACACAGUUUCACCAGUGCAAAACAUCUAAAGAUAAAAUAGAAAGAGGAAAUACAAUUUCCGAAGAGAAUAUUUAACUAAAAGCUCCGUACAAAUUAUUAGUGUAACCAAUACGGAUAAAAGAAAAGCCGUCGUAGCGAUCAAGUGGUAUGAAGUAGGAAAACAGUGUCGUGAACAAAAGUGAAAGCACAAGAAAAAUAUUACUAUCCGUUCCGUGGUGUGCUUGAUGUUUAUACGCAAAAAGUGAAACGGCGGCCUGCCAAAGUGAAACGACCAAACGGCUGGGAGGAGUGAAAAAAUAUAGUUCGUGGUGACGGUUCUGGAAAAAGUAAAUCAUAACGUCGAUCAGACAUUUUUGUUAUACAGCUGGCUCAUGUUUGGAAUAAAAGAUAAUGGAUGCUAACGUGGGGAUAAUCAGGAAACCCUGGAGGGCUUGCCCAGACCGUAGAUAGGGGAGAAACCACUCCGUGAAUUCUAUCAUGAUUGAACGAAUCAAAGAUCACAGCAAGUUCAAGAAGAGAAGAUCAGUGAUGGACGGCGAACGCCGCAACAAAUGAAUCUUCCGACGUAGAUCACCUCGACGUUUUCUGUUUUCUCGUUUCGUUUGUGUGUUCGUCCCCCCAAGAAAUCAAGCAAAAAUAAAACAAAAAUCAAAUCGAAAAGCCAAGUGCAAAUUUGGAGCCCCCAAAAGGUCAUGUACCGUGUAAACAUCGUCAGCGCAAAUCCAACCGGGAGUGUUCAGCACCACCACCAACAGCAACAACAGCAGCAGCAGCAAUUGACGGGUAGUCAGCAGACUCCGCAACUUACGCUCGUCCAGCAGCAGUCCGGGGGCAGCAUCCAGACCAUCACUGCCACCACGACAACCAUCAUCGGGCUAACGACAUUGAACGCACUCAAUGCCACUACGAUCACUGGACUCGCGGCGGCAGCAGCAGCAAGCGGCGGAGUCAACUCGACAAGUGUGGCGAUCGCUGGUAGCAACUCCGCUGGCCCGGCGAACGCUGCGGUAUCAACCGCGGGCAGCAAGCACAUCUUGAAGACGGCCGCAAGCAAUAACAACAUCAGCAUUGUCAAGAUCGGUGAUGAGAUUAUGCUGAAGGCCGUCAAGGUGGAACCCCUGCCUCCGGAUUCCGGCGGCGGCGGCGGCGGCGGAGGCGGAACUAGCGCUACCUCCAGUGGAGUCACAGUCACAGCCAUACCUGUCUCGAUAGGUGGUACAAUCGCCGCCGCCAACGACCACGUGAUGUACGGUGGGAAACGGCGUCUGGAAAGCAACGAAGAGUGGAUAUCGUCUCCUAGUCCGGGAAGUGUACCAGGCUCUGCGCCACCACUUAGUCCCUCGCCUGGAUCCCAGAGCCACACGUACACGACCACCAUGUCGAACGGGUACUCGUCACCCAUGUCCACCGGAAGCUACGAUCCAUACAGUCCAAACGGGAAAAUGGGUCGCGAAGAUCUGUCGCCUUCCAGCAGUCUCAAUGGGUACACGCCGGACGGUAACGACGCCAAGAAGCAGAAGAAAGGUCCAACCCCGCGGCAGCAGGAAGAACUUUGUCUGGUGUGUGGAGACCGAGCGUCCGGCUACCACUACAACGCACUCACCUGUGAAGGAUGCAAAGGGUUCUUCCGGCGCAGCGUAACCAAGAAUGCGGUCUACUGCUGCAAGUUUGGGCAUGCGUGCGAGAUGGACAUGUACAUGCGGCGGAAGUGCCAGGAGUGCCGCCUCAAGAAGUGUCUCGCCGUCGGGAUGCGGCCGGAGUGUGUGGUGCCCGAGAACCAGUGUGCGAUCAAGCGGAAGGAGAAGAAGGCCCAGAAGGAGAAGGACAAGCUGCAGACGAACGCAACCGUUAGUACAACGAACAACACCUACAAGACGGACAUACUGCCGGUCUUGAUGAAAUGUGAUCCACCGCCACACGCAGCGAUACCUCUCUUACCAGAAAAGCUGCUGAACGAGAAUAGGCUAAGAAAUAUACCUCUAUUGACGGCGAACCAGAUGGCCGUCAUAUACAAGCUAAUCUGGUACCAGGAUGGCUAUGAACAACCCUCGGAGGAAGAUCUCAAAAGGAUAAUGAUCGGCUCACCCAACGAGGAAGAGGAUCAGCAUGACGUGCACUUCCGGCACAUAACGGAAAUCACAAUCUUAACAGUACAAUUAAUCGUGGAGUUCGCCAAGGGACUGCCAGCAUUUACCAAGAUUCCACAGGAGGACCAGAUAACGUUGCUGAAGGCCUGCUCAAGUGAGGUGAUGAUGCUGCGAAUGGCCCGCCGCUACGAUGCCGCCACCGAUUCAAUCCUGUUCGCGAACAAUCGAUCGUACACGCGAGACUCGUACCGGAUGGCCGGCAUGGCGGACAUGAUCGAGGACAGUUUGCACUUCUGCCGGCAGAUGUACUCGCUCACGGUGGACAACGUGGAGUACGCGCUGUUGACGGCGAUAGUGAUCUUCUCCGAUCGGCCCGGUCUCGAGCAGGCCGAACUGGUGGAGCACAUCCAGAGCUACUACAUCGAUACGCUGCGGAUCUAUAUCCUCAACAGGCACGGGGGUGAUCAAAAGUGUAGUGUGAUAUUUGCGAAGCUUCUGUCGAUACUGACCGAGCUACGAACGCUGGGCAACCAGAACUCCGAGAUGUGCUUCUCGCUCAAACUGAAGAACCGCAAACUGCCGCGGUUCCUGGAGGAAAUCUGGGACGUCCAGGACAUACCGCCCUCGAUGCAGGCCCAAAUACAGCAACAGUCAACCUCCACGCAGUUAUCGACAUCAUCAUCAUCGUCCUCCAGUAAUAAUAACAGCAGUAGUAGUAGUAGCAGCAGCAGCAGCAGUAGUAGUAAUAAUAGUAAUAGUAAUAAUAAUGUUAGUUCACACGGGCAGCAACAGCAAUUAACGCCAAAUCAGCAGCAGCAACAGCAGCACAGUCAGCUCCAGCAUGUUCACGCCAACGGAGGAAGUGGUAGUAGUGUUGGUGGUGGCGGCGGCAACGGUAGCAGUAGUGGUAACGUCUCCGGACUCGGCAUGCUCGAUCAGGUAUAGCUAGUGUAGGACACGGUUUCCGGGCCGGUUCCUAUUCCACUGCUGGCCAGCGAAACCGAGUCGAUCGUAGAGGACGUGCCCUUCCACGGGGAGGACAUAUUAUUUAUCGUAGAGAGUUAAGAAACCACACCGAAAUCCUGGCUAGCAUCCAGCAGGACAGAGAUACACACGCAAGACAAAGACAAAAAAACAAAACACACUGUUGUGUGUAUUCAGUGUGAGUUUACAACAACGUAGAUGGUAAGGAAAGAUGAGAUGAAAGAGGGAUCAAGGUUUGAUGUUUGUGCGCAAAGAAGCAAGUAAAAGGGCCCGCUGAUCAUCAUGACAUUAAUUAAUGCUCGGAUGAAACAACAACAAAACAAAUGCUGCCAGCUUUGCUCCCCUUCUUUUCGAGCAAAAGAGUGGGAUCCAACAACAACAAAAAAACCAAUACCAACACCGGAUACUAGCCACUACUACCAUUCUGUUUGUCUAUCCGGCUCUUCCCCCUCUGUUCCGAAGACACGAGUUCGGAAAAGAGUUUCAAUGCUGAGGGAGAGAGAGGAGGGAGCCGAGGUCAUCUAGAAGGAGUGGCCGCCCCCCAACCGAGACACCUCUUUCGGAUCGUUUGGCUGUGACUUGUUAAUAUUUUUAAGAUGAUACUAUAUUAGUUUAGUGGAGGAAACAAAAAAUGAGAACAAACAAACAAAAUGCGUUGAACGAAUGAAAAGAGAAUGUGAAUCAUAUUGGUAAAAACAAAACAUAUGAUCAGAGUGGUGGAACACGUGUAUGCAAUGUUCUGAAGGAAGCGAACGGACACAUACCCAUACACAUACACAGAGAGAAAGAACUUCAAGUUGUACAUUUUCUAGGUUUUAAUGAUGAACAUUAGGAGAGGAGAGAGAGAGAUACUAGAUGUAAGUAAUUAUUCGCGUUAGGAAGGAACAAACUGUUUUUGAAGAAGGGAAUGAAUCUAUCUCUCAUAGUUUGUAAGCAAAAAAAGAACAACACACACGUAAAACACACAGCAUACCUACACACAAACAAACCAACAAAGUAAUUGUAAAUUUGAAAACGAAGAAAAAAAAAACGUUGACGUUUUUUUAAAACUUUACCGUUGCGUUGUCUAAGCAGCGGUUUGAAACUAAACUUAACACAUCCUCAGCACACUUUUUUGUUUCCGAUUUGUGCAAAGUGGAAUGGGGAAAUACUUUGUAGAAAAAUAAAACAAACAUCUAUUCUACGACCUGUUAAGUGGAUACUAUGAAUAUACAUACAGAGUCUGCUAAACCGUACUCGAGGACAGCGGUGAAUGAGUUGGAUUGCAGGAUUAGUGUCUGAAAGACGAAUUCAAAUUAUUAAUUCUUUUUUUAUCUUGUUUUUCGAUCAACGCCUUUUUCAGUUUUGAUCUGAUUCGAAGUGUAGAAUGUACUACAUUUGAAUUCAUCCAGUGCAGAACGAAUCACAAACUUAAUGUGUUUUACGGGAAUUAAAAGUAUUCGUUAUUGGUUGCGUCAAAAAUUGUCGUCAAUCCGACUCGUGAUCAAAAAUGUACUGAAAUGUACAACAACAAAAACUCAGCCAAUGCAAAUUGUCCGAUUUUAAGUUGAUUUUCGGUCUUUCAAACUCAGCACAAAGCCAUGGUUAAAUCCGGUGCCAAUUACUAAUAGCGAAUUCGUUUUUAAAACUAAAUCAGUGCCAAACUGACUCUGUAAUAAAAAAACGUUUUCAGUUUCACGAAUGCGGUGGUUUGUUGGUGUGCGUUAUAUAGUCUGCUUUGUUUAUAUUUGCGACGACAAAUGUACAGUGUCGACAUCUGGUGGCGAUAUUAGUGCUUGGGAGGUAAAUUAUCCUCUAUCAGAUUAGUAGGGCCAAGUGCAGUGGAAAAAUAUUAAAUUUUGAAUGAAAAUUUUUACUUCAUAUUGUUUGAUUACCUAACACAUGCAGUGUUGACACUCAUUUAACCAUUUGUCGAUGCAUUUCCUGUUUGUUCCAAAAAUAAUUACUAUUAUAAUAUAAAAUCAUCAUUAAACACAGUUUUCGUUCAAUAUGUUUCUGCGAUAUCGGAAAAAACCUCUUAUUUCAUCACAUAGAAUAAAUAUUCGAUACGUUAAAGUAAAGUAAUUUUCAUUCAUAAUUUUGAUUUUGAAAGCGUGUUUAUUCCACCUGAAUAUACAUCAUUAUUUUCGCCUCCCAAUGAAAGCACACAUAGCCGUCUACUCGAAUAUACUCCUCGAAAUCAGAAUCCGAAUUGGAUUACGAUUCCAAUAAUACAAAAGCAAAAGCAGCAGGUUUUCCAUUUUCAUAGUCUUUAUUUUUAGAUUUUCCAAAAUAAUACUCGGAACAUGACAGUUCAGUAUAGUUGUAUUGGUGAACCCGAGUGCCAACCCGUGAAACAUCUCAGUGCGAAACUAACAGUUUUCGGGGCGAACUAGUGCGGCACUGAGUGUGAAACUGAGUGAAUAAAAAAACGAUUUGACAGCAGUUAGUGCGGCACUGGGAUUGAAACUGAACAAAAACGAAUUCGCUAUAAGUCUCACCGUUUGAAGUACUGUAACAAAGGCUCAACAUGUUGAUUACUGACAGAGAUCCGGGAGAUAGAAAUCUCAACUAAGUAGUACUAAUAGAAUGACGCAAGUAAUACUCACGAUGAGAAGGAAAAAGUUCCACUGGGAACGUUAAUUCCAUCCAAGAAGAAGAAGAAGAAGAAGUGAGUGAAGAACUAAGAAUCGAUGUCCCAGAAAAAGAAUACAUUGGAAAGGAGCUCUGGCCUUAAAAGCAUGAGCUUGAAAGGACAGAAAUAUUGUCGCAGUGGUAUCAGAGCGUGUACAGUUUCGCUUUGUUCCUAUCGAAUUACUUCACCUGUCAUUAUAAUUUAUAUUAUUCACUAAACUGAUUCGAAUUCGUCAUUACUUUUUGAUAAUCAAUUCCACAAUAAGAGGAAUGGUCGAUGGUUGAGGGAAAAUCGUUUUGAAAGAUUCACGUUCUGCAAAUUGAUGCCACUGGUUGUCAAUAUUUUUCAUCUUUCGAAUAGACAAAACUCGUUUCCCAAUGUUCUACGUAGGUAGGCGCAUAUCUCGUGUGUUUAGCACAAUAAAAUUAAGCUGGGAUCUUGAUGUUUAUGAUUGAUCCGAUUAUCUGUUCUCGAGGGUGGCUUUUCAGCUUUUUUUUCACGCCACGAGUCAGACUUGUUAAAGCGAGAGAAGUUUUUCCUGAGUAGGAAAAAAACGAGCAUGUUCAACAGUCAGCUGUUCGAAAGACGCUUUGAUCUGUUUGCUAGUGGCAUGAGUAUCUGUCGUUGACCUCACCAAAAACUCGAUUAGUCGAAAAUUCAGCACCAUUUGUUGAAGGCGUUAUUCAAUGAAGUUCUCUAGAAGAAGUGAUCCAAAAACAAUUUGAGGAUGGCUUCCUGUUUCCGUCAAAUGUGUCUGUCUUGUGUCGGAAUGCUCCGUCAAAGACAAUUGUAUCCUUCAACAUGACAACGAGUCUUCUCACAUGUCGAUGUUUUGAUCAUGUUACAUAAGUUAAUAUUUUCGGAUCACUAAGAACUAAAAAAAAUAUUUUACUAGAGCUUGUGCUCUUUUAUUCACGCUUGCUUAAAGACUAAAAUACAAUUUGAUCUUAAGCUCUAAAGUCAGCUUGCGUGCUGUGUUUAUCUUUUCGGGUGGCCUGAUUUCUGUCCUUGAAAUAAUGCUGACCGGCGGCUAGCUCAUAUCGUUGUUUUGAUGAGUUAUUAUGUUUAUGCUGGCGAGCUCCGUUCUCGCGAUAUCGGUUAUGGCUGCUGCUAACUCCUUGUUUAUGUUUACGUUUGGGCUGUCGCUAACUCAUAUAAUAACUUUUCUCACCUGGUCUGAAAAGAUUUUUUUUAAAUUUGAAUUCUCGAACCGUGCUAUAAUUCCAGGAAGUCUAUGACACCCUGAAAGCGGUGUUUUCUCGCAUAACAGUCAUGUUUCAUAAACUGCGUAGAAGAACUGGUGUAUGAAAAUGUUUAUUGUUUAUUGUUCUCGAAACAUUCUCACUUAUUCUGAGUCUGAUCACGAAAGCCACUUCACGUUGAAAACGAAAUGAACUUUAUGCAAGGUUAUAUACACUUCAUUUCGUGUUCCUCGUGAAAUGCCGUUCGGCCCUCUGUACCGCAUGUGAUAUGAGAUAGCAAAGUCCCUCGAUUUACUCAGAAACCGCCUAAAGACAGAUUUUGAGUUCUCGUGAACGUGAACAACCAUUUUUUUUGUUGAUAAUUCAUCAGGUCAUAUAUAAAACGAGGGAAAAACAACUUGAAACGAUAAGAAGAAACAUUUUCUAGUCGAAAAACAUAUGUAAACACAAUUCAUAGUGAUAAAAAUUGAUUAAUUCAAUAUUUCGCUACUGUUCUGAAUUUCCACCGUGGAAUCGAGAUGUUGGUGAAUUCACCAUAGAUUAGAGGCGAAUGAACUGAAAAGUUUAAAUCCUCUUAAAGCCAAAAAGAAGAAGAAGAAGGAGAAGAUUCACCAUAGUUCGCCGGCUUUGGUGAACGUGAACGCAAAAACAGUGGAAUAUAGACGUUAAAAUAUUUCCCCGUUCAUGUUCACGUUCGAAUGUCGCAAGGCAUUCUGAAGAUUGUUUCACCGUGAACUGUAAAAGGAUACGUUAAGCAACUCUCGAGUUUUCAGUGAUUUUUUUCAUAUUAAUGCAAUUUCAUUCAAUCGGAUCUCUGCACGUGUCAAAAAACUUCGUUGCUUCGUGAACAACUGUAUAUUUUAUCUGAAUUACUUUGUUGAAGCUUUACUUGUUUAUUUACUUCACGUUUACUGGCGAACAUUCAAUGGGAACGUGAAUGUGAAAGUGAACAACAUUUUAUUCACCACGAUUUUCUGAGAUGUUUGUUCACAAUGCUGCUCACCGUGAUAUAAUCGUACUUUUUCACCACCGUGUUCAUGUUCACGUUCACCGGAACUCUAAACCAGCCUUAACUUCUAACUCACAAUCUAUACCCGAACCGACAACACAAGAGGAAACGAUUGAUUACAGAUCUCAUCUUAUGACAAAUUAUACUUACUCAAUUUGCCUUUGGGAAUACUGGGACCCGAGCCAUCUCAUCGCCACACAAGGUUAUUCAGUGUUUCAAUUUAGAAUAUCCCUUGGCACACGAUUUAAUUUUUGAAAUAGUGGACCAAAGGCAAAAUUUAUGUAAUUAGAUACGCAACAGUAAAUAGCUUUUCAGAGGAAUAUAGAUGCUGAACAAAAUAACACAAUUAUCAUGGAGUAAUUGUUGGGCAAACGCGAGACCGUUUUAAUUUUCUACCAUUCAUCAGACCAACUCCUUUCAGACGAGGUUUGUGUCUCAGCUACCCACAUAUGGUGGGUGAAUUUUUGGGUUCAGUACAAUGUUGUAUGCAAAUAAAUGACGGCAUGGACGAACAAUCGAAUGAAAAAUACAGUAGCCGUUCGAUAGAUUGACCUGCUUUUACUGGAAGCAGCAAUUUGUCAUAUUCUACGUAAAUAUUUUGCUGUGAGGGGAAUUCGAAUGUAAUUAAAGAAGUUUUAAAAAUUGUCAUUAUUUUCGCAAACAUUGAAUAAAUUAAAGAAAAAUAAUUUACCCAGAUUAUAUUUCAUACCUGUUGUCGAGCUCAAUGCUAAACCUUCUUCGAGUUUGGAAUCCAAAUUAUUCUCUAUCGGAUUAAAAGGCCCAAACGAAGUUUUUAAUUGCUGAAAGUUCAAUGAAAAUUUUGCAUGGCAUUAUUUAGUAAAUUCAAGCUCGUGGUCCUGACCCGAACAUAUUCUUUUUUUCAGAAUAUUCUGUUAUUCCUACUAAAACUUAUCAUUAUAAUACGAAAUCAUCUUGAGACAAAUUUCCGUAGAGGAUUGUUUUCACCACUUGCGGAAAAAAGUGAUUUUCGUUUACAGAGAAACAGUAAAGGAACAAUUUAUUGAAGUUCCUGACGAUUUUAUUUGACGUUUUGCUUGCCGGUUUAUUUAGAAAGUGGAAGUCGAUAAUUAGGCUUCCCUUCUUUCCCAGUUAUCGAACGACUACUGUAUAUUCAAGACUAAAGUUUAUGGAGCAAUCUCGCGUCAAGUCAGCCAAUUUUGGCCCGAUUCUUCGAUUUUUUUAAACGUUAUACAUAAGGUGACAGCUAACGUUUGCAUUAAAAAAUGGAUUUUUUUUCGGAUGGUGAUAAAAAAAAUAGCUAACACAGAUAAUUGAGUUUGAUAAAUUUCCCAUGGAAGGUAAUUAUAUUAGCCUACUUGCAAAAAAAUCUACGCCCUUGCGAGCGGCCUUCCGGCAGUUAACCGGAACAUUCGCCAUGGCGGACGAGUUCUUUCUUCGUUUCAUUUACCAAUUCCUUCUCAGGUUUCGCGACAAAACUGGUUUGUAGCUGGGGAGCGUUGGGCGAGUUCGCCGACUUGGGUACCAAAUCGUUAUUUAGCUGCCCCAUCUCUAACGAUCGCUUCGAGUAGUGGGACGACACCAGAUCCGGCUAGAACACCGCGUCUUCGCCCUUAUGGUAUUUAUCCUCUUCUCGCUGAUUGCGAGCCACAGCAGCACCUUCCUGGGAAACUUGGUGUUUGAAAUAAACUUCACUUCGGAGCUCACUUCCUUUGUGGGGGAAGUAAAAUACGAAGUGCCCUGCCAGGCAUUGCCAUCCAGGUUGAGAUAGGUCGCGUCGUCCAUCACCACCGCCACGUCGCGAUUCUUCGGGAAAAUCGACUUGACCAUCUUGUUCAGCCGCUGCCGCUGCGUCAUUGCCUGCAGCUAUGAGACCAGUGGACAGAACUUCCGCCCCCGACAUGUAUGUCCAUGUUCGCCAGGUAUAUUUUCACUGUUUGGCCGGUUGCACCGACCGCCCGGCCAAGCGCACGCAGCGAUGUAUCCACUUUUCCUUGGAUAUUCCUCUUCGGCAUCCUUUGGAGAUUCUUGUCGCUCAGGGUCGUCGGCCGUCCGGAACCGAGCUUGCUUUCAAUGUUCUGAUUGUUGUCCAAUAGCGCCAAGAUGUUGUAUAUAUCGAAACGGGAGUAUCCGGCGUCCACAAAGUGCCGCACGAUGUCCGUUUUCGACGCGACGGGGCACCGUUCUUUGAACGCGCACACUUCUGAAAGGAAUAGCUUCACAUUGAUCAGCAUUGAUCGUCCAGGAGUUUUUUUCAUCCAGAAACAUUGUUUGAUAUUCCUCUUUUUCCAUUUUCUAUACAAAUGCUCAGUUAGUGAUACUUAAACAACUGUAGUUUGUGAACAAAUAAACGAAACGUCAUGAAACACUCAUAAGCCAGUGACAGAAAUGAAUCUUGUUCAUUUUUUAGUGGUGCCAUCUGUUGAAAAAUCCAUCCGUGUCCGUGAGUACAUCUACAAUACAGAAUUUAAUUUAUUUAUAUGAUCAUAUUUGAGCUAUUUGUGGUGAUGAAUAUUUCAUGCUUUAGGGUGUGAUUCCAUUAAAGUAAUUCCACACCAGAUCAGUCAGCCGCUGACUCGACCCUCCUUGAUUUUUUUGAAACUUUGUACAUACGGUGGUAGGCUACCACUACCACUGGUAGCUACCUAACAUCAUAAAAUUUCAUUAUCAGAUGACCAAUUUUAAAUACGAUUGACGUUUUAUAAGGGAAUAAUUGACCACUUUUUGCAAGAAAUAAUAACUCCAAAUUUAGAUGUCUGCUUCAAACAUGAUGUACAAAAAAGUUAUUGGAAGAAAAUCGAUAAACUAUUUAGGAAAAAUACCAUUUAAAAUACAUCGUUAAAAAAUCUUACUCAAAAAUUUCAUUCAGUAUUAAGAAUGUUUAUAACUCAAAACAUGUUCCUUCGAUAUUUUGUUAAAUAUUUUCACUAGAAAGCCCUAUCAUCAAAUGGAAUUUGUAAUAUUUCGAGAAUGGUUAGUCCUAAGAUAAAACGUUAAACAUAGCUUUUCUUGUAGAAGCGCAUGUAGAUACUAUUUUCCAUAUUACUUUCCUUAAAUGGUUACGAUUUUGCAAAGUAUUGAAUGUUCAUAAAUUUAAAAAAACAAUCAUAUCUUCAUUCUUGAGAGUCCGACACGGCUCUACUAUACGUUAAACUUUGUUGAAUUAAUAGAGCUUUCUAAUGAAAAUAUUUAACAAUAUAUCGAAGGUGACAUGUUUUGCGUUAUGAACACUUUUAAUAUUAAAUUAAUUUUUUUUAGUUAGAUUUUCUAACGGUGGUAAAUAAAUAUUAGUUUUUCUAAAUUAAAAUUUUCCAACAACUUUUCUGUACAUCCUUUUCAAAUCAGGCAUCGGGAUUCGAGUUAUACUUUUUUGCAAAAAAAAAUAUUUUGAAUACACCCUUAUGAAAAGCCCGCCGUGUUUUAAAUUUAUCAUCUGGUAAUGAACGUUGUGAUUUUGGGUGGCUACCAUCUUAUGUACAAUGUUUUAGAAAAAUCGGAUGGGUUCGCGUCAAAAUCUGCUGUUUUUCGGCUGAUUUGGAAUGUAAUUGCUCAUUAGAAAUAAUCCCAAAAAAUAAUGCUGAACAGUUAGAACAUUAGUGAGUUAGUUUGCAUGCGUUCAUUUCGUACAUUUCGUAUUUGGGGAUCCCCAAAAAACUUUGAUGAGCGAACGAGGCGUAUGAAAGUGAGACAAUUAUUUCAAUUCUUUUCUUGAGCAAAUUCAGCCAUUUUUUCUAAUGGCCAAAGCUGUAGAUUGUUCGUCCGAAGUCUGUUUAUUUUUCGGCAUUGGCAGUUUUUUCUGUGACUUAGAAAUGUUUAUUGGAUAGAGACUAAAGGUGAGGUUCCAUUAAGAAAGAAAAAUACAAUUCAAUUCAAGGUGAGCAGUUUGCCAAGAAAAGGCAAAAACGAAUUAUUCCACUUUCUUUUUUCUCAUUUGUGUAUGUUUUUUGUGAUUUAUACAGAAAAGUAGACGAGUAGCCAACUUCCAAUGAUUUUAUUCCUAAUUGAAACCCACUCUCAUAUUUGCUUCAUGUUUUGUGGAGUUUAUCGAAAUUCUGUAUUCAAUCUCGUAGAAAAUUGAACUAACAAAGUUUUGCGCUCGUUGUCGCAUCAAACAUUGUCUUAUUCAUUUUCGUCGUCGAAUAAAAAAUAACUGAGUUUACAAAUUUGUUCAGCCUAUAUUCUAAGGGUGCUCAUACACUGUUUGACCGAAGCCAAAUAUUUGACUCUUUUUGACAGAUAAAAUUUGGUCAACGUGUACUGAUCAUAUAUUUUCUACACAAAACACGACAAGCAAAUAUUCAAUUAUUGGAUGCCUAGAAUAUUUUUUCAGUCUGUUCUUCGAACCUGUCGGUACAUAGUUAGGUUACCUUGAAUAUUUCAGUUGAUUUUUUCCAUGUUCGGUGUUUGAUAUUGUUUACUACUGUUGAAAAUUGAAGAGUGGCAAACAAAAUAGUGUUUGUACAAAUAUCAAAUCAAACCUUAUCUGUCAAAAAAUAUCAAAUAUUUGACCUCCGGGCAAAUAGUGUACGGCAACCUUAAGUAGCAGCUCUAAUUGGGAAUGGUUUCUUCACAGUUCCAAUGUCAAUUUCAAAGGAAAGCCGCCGCGAAUUCGUUGGGAAAAAGUAACCUGAAUUCGCAACACUUCUUCUUUGAAAUUGACAGUAAAACUGUGAUGAAUCCAUUUCCAUUUUGAUCUAUUUCUGUCAGCUAAACCAUGAGAUAAACCUACAAACCGUUCGUCAGAACAGCAAUCCACCACAAUCCAACUCAUUCGAGUCGCUGCUCGGAAAACAAACUCAGAGGAUUUACUAGUUUCUUAUUUCUUACCCUCACCCGCUAUAAUGGGUCUGAUCAGGAAAGUCACUUCACGGUGAAAACGAAAUGAUUUGUAUGCACGGUUAUAUGCACUUCAUUUCGUUUUCACCUUGAAGUGACGAUCGUGAUCAGGCCCAAUAUCUUUUUAACGUAUUGUGGGGUGUGUGCGUGAGAGCGAUUCUCGUAAACGCGCGCAUGUGUGUGUGUGUACAUCUUGCACUGUGUGUGUCACACAGGAGCAGAACAAAAUCAAACGUUUGAAAACACAAAAAGAACACUCCUUGUAAAUAGUAACUGUAUUAUUCGUUCGGUUUAAUUAUUGUUUGUGUAUAAAAUCGAAAGCUGUAGGUAGCACUAGGCGCAACAGUAGUCGAUAGAAAUUCCAAGUUUAGACAAACAAACAAACAAAUGCUCCUCUCAAGCUCCGGUAUACUUGUGAGUUUAAGUCCUUCACGCCCAACUCUCUUCUCUUCGUUUACAUCGUUCUUUUAAGUUUUUCGUUUUGCAUCGCGGGCUCCGCACCUUUCGCUCUAAUCCACAACUGAUGAUCGCUCCUAGUGUAAAUUUAACUAACCUAUUAUCUAGCUAAAGUUACAACGCCUUGUUUAUGCCUUCUCUUCAUAGUCGAAUGGAUAGAGGAACCUAGCGUGUUUAAGUUUAUUUCUUUUUAGAAAAGAAAACAAUCAGAUUUGAAUAUAUUGAAUAUAUUAGUGCGCGUGUCUGUUGUGUGGGGGAGAGGAGUGUUUGUGAGUGAGAGAGGAAACGUACGAUUGGAGGCGACUCGUAAGCAAUAUCUAUUGGUUUCCCAAAACGGAAAUCAUAAAAUGCAAAAAAGAAAACAAAACUAAACUGCCGCAAUGAUGAUCAUGUGGAGGGGUGGCAAUGCGAUGAGAGUUGUUGCGGAAGUUGUCGCUGCUUUGGGACAAAGCGAGAAAUCUGUGUGUGUUGUGAUGAGUCGAGGCACACCGCCGCAGUUUGUGUUUCUUUGGACAGAGGUCACUUUUAGGAAAAUUUUUUAAUCCGUGUAACUUUAUGGCCUUCUUUAUUUCGCCUGAAAUCAAAAUGGACGUCAAAAGUAUAAGUAGCAAAGAAGAGAAAGGGAAGUGAAACUCGCACGUAUCAAAAUAUUUUAGUAAAUUUUUUAGCGUACCUCUUUUGUCGAUUUUUGUUUCCUCUACCCGAGCCCCGAGAGUUAGCAGAAGGAAGAAAAAUGUUAUGAGCAAAGUUAGUCAAUUAAUGGUUUGUUUCUGCCUGCCUGGGAGAAUGUACUUCCAAUUAUGAGAGGGAAAAAAACGCAACCAAUGCUGACAAGUAACAACGGAAUCAGUUUCGUCAGCAGGAUUUACUUCUCUUCACGAAAAGAAUGAGUAGUCUAAAUCAGACGCGACACAAAGGAUAACGAGAGAAACGAAGAAAAAAAAAUAAAAACAAGUAGGAAAUCGGUUUUUGAUGAAUAAGAUUAUAUUUCGGAAACGGAGGUGCCUUUAGUAAAGAGUUAAACAGACACACAAGCAUACACAAAUAAUGAUCGAAUGAACAUACAAAGGAUAGAACAAAAAGUUUAACAAUAAAGAGGAGAAUAUGAACCACUAGGACGAGAGAGAGAGAGCGGAAUAAAAAACUGAUUUUUAUAGCAAACGAAUACAAAAGACAGAUAAAGUGCAGUUGUUAGAGUGAAGUGCAAAUCGAAAAUCAAGAGCAAAUUAAGAAAAAAAAGAGUAGUAAAUCCAGGAACCAGUAAAAACAAGACCUUACAAGGAAGUAGAAUAAGAGACAACCCACUAGACACGUAGGAAACAAACACACAGAUGAAAAUGACUGAUUCACAAAACCACAAAACACACAGAUACAGUGAGACAGAGAGAAAGAGAAAAAACAGAGUCAAGCAAAAGUGCUGGCAGGGGCGGAAUCCGCAAACGACUCGCAAAUAUCUCGUGGAAAGCUUUCAAUCAAUGGUAUGGACGACAUGAAAAGAAAAUUUCAAGAUAGGAGUGGUGUAUGCGAGACGCGGUUUGGGUAGGAACAUGAAACUUCCACCCAACACGCAUACACAUACACACUGUGAGUGCAGAGCAAAAGUGAGUAAAUACUUGAUAAGACAGAAUUGGGAUAUGUGCAAAAUAAGAAAUUUCUCAAAUACUAUUAAUAUUUGUAUUAGUUACUAUUAUUAUUGCUAUAUUAUUUUAUUUUAUUUUUUGUAAUAAAAUAUUUUUUAACAAUUUC